AUUGAGGAAUCGAUGCAGAUUCAAACAGACAGAAACAGACUGGAUGCUUUUGCUUUCAUAGCGUAUGCUGUUGUCCUUCUAUGUCAUGGUUUGUGAUAAUCUCAGAAGAAUCCAAAGGCUUGUCCAUAUGCUUGGUGCAUACUGCAAUGUUUCUGGCUUGUUAUUGUGCCUUCAGGACUAGUGUAAAGGCUCACCAUGGACUAUACAGUCCACAGACAGAGUUGGACGGACAGCCAGCCAGGCUCAGCAGUAUGCCCAGACACACAGCAGUGGCACACCAUGAGUAUCGGUAUCAAGACGGAAGUACACCACCACAUGACCACAGUUUGCCUCGACUAACUCAUGAGGCCAGAGGGCCAGAGCUUGUGCAUAUUUCUGAAAAGAACUUGUCUGAGAUAGAAAAUGUUCAUGGAUAUGUCACUCAUUCACAUAUAUCUCCAUUAAAGGCCAGUCCAGCUCCGAUUAUUGUGAAUACUGACACCUUGGACACUCUACCUUAUCAUACAUAUGAAAAUGAGGUUAAUGGAACAGAAAUGGAAUAUGAAUUUGAAGAAAUUACAUUGGAAAGAGGCAAUUCUGGCUUGGGAUUCAGUAUUGCUGGUGGCAUUGACAACCCUCACAUUGGAGAUGACCCUGGCAUAUUCAUUACUAAAAUUAUACCUGGUGGAGCUGCUGCAGAGGAUGGUCGACUCAGGGUAAAUGACUGUAUCUUGAGAGUAAAUGACGUAGAUGUUUCUGAGGUCUUCCACAGUAAGGCAGUAGAAGCUUUGAAGGAAGCAGGUUCUAUUGUACAACUUUAUGUUCGUAGAAGAAGACCUGUACUGGAAACUGUUAUAGAAAUUAAACUUAUCAAAGGACCUAAAGGCCUUGGAUUCAGUAUUGCAGGAGGAAUAGGCAACCAGCAUAUCCCAGGAGACAAUAGCAUUUAUGUUACUAAAAUUAUAGAAGGAGGAGCUGCACAGAAAGAUGGGAGGCUGGAAAUUGGAGACAGACUACUUAUGGUAAAUAACUACAGCUUAGAAGAAGUUACCCAUGAAGAAGCUGUUGCAAUAUUGAAGAAUACUUCAGAUUUAGUAUAUCUAAAAGUCGGGAAGCCCACCGCAAUUUAUAUGUCUGAGCCAUAUGGGCCACCUGAUAUCACACACUCAUACUCUCCCCCAUUGGAAAACCACAUUCUUUCAUCGUCUGCAAAUAAUGACACUUUGGAGUAUAAGAGCGCGAUGUCCCCAAUCUCACCCUCAAGAUAUUCUCCACUUGUGAAACAUUUUCUUGGUGAUGAUGACUUUGGAAGGCCUCUUGAACCUGUUUACAGCACUGUGAACAAACUGUGUGAUAAGCCACCUUCUCCACGGCAUUACUCUCCUCUUGACUGUGAAAAAAGCUUCCUUCUUUCUGCUCCUUACCCUCUCUACCACCAAGGUGUGAUCCCUGACAUUGAGAUCACCAGGGAGCCUCGGAGCAUUACACUGCACAAAGGAUCCACAGGCCUGGGCUUCAACAUCGUUGGAGGAGAAGAUGGAGAGGGAAUUUUUGUCUCUUUCAUUCUGGCAGGUGGGCCAGCAGACCUAAGCGGAGAGUUGCAGAGAGGAGAUCAGAUUAUAUCAGUAAAUGGGAUAGAUCUUCGUGGUGCAACUCAUGAACAGGCUGCAGCAACACUGAAGGGAGCAGGGCAGUCUGUGAAUAUUAUUGCUCAAUAUCGACCAGAAGAAUACGCUCGAUUUGAAGCAAAAAUCCAUGACCUAAGAGAGCAGAUGAUGAACCACAGUAUGAGUUCUGGAUCUGGCUCACUGAGAACAAAUCAGAAGCGAUCGCUAUAUGUUAGGGCUUUGUUUGACUAUGACAGGACAAAGGACAGUGGACUUCCUAGCCAAGGGCUAAGUUUCAAGUAUGGGGACAUCCUGCAUGUCAUUAAUGCUUCUGAUGAUGAGUGGUGGCAAGCAAGAAGGGUCACACCAGAGGGGGACAGCGAGGAGGUAGGAGUUAUACCCAGCAAAAGAAGGUUUGAAAGGAAAGAGCGUGCAAGGUUAAAGACAGUAAAGUUCAAUGCCAAACCUGGGGUGAUUGAUGCCAAAGGGUCAUUCAAUGACAGGCGUAAAAAGAGCUUCAUCUUUUCACGAAAGUUCCCAUUCUACAAGAACAAGGAACAGACUGAGCAGGAGGACAGUGACGCUGAACCAGGGGGCCAAGAGGACUUUAUCCUGUCUUAUGAGGCGGUUGCAAGACAAGAAAUUACUUAUACACGUCCAGUUAUCAUACUCGGUCCAAUGAAAGAUCGAAUUAAUGAUGAUUUGAUUUCUGAAUUCCCUGACAAAUUUGGUUCAUGUGUGCCACAUACCACCAGACCGAAAAGAGAUUAUGAAGUAGAUGGAAGGGAUUAUCAUUUUGUUCAGUCAAGAGAACAAAUGGAGCGAGAUAUCCAGGAGCACAAAUUUAUUGAAGCAGGGCAGUAUAAUGACAAUCUUUAUGGAACGAGUGUCCAGUCAGUACGAUAUGUAGCUGAAAGGGGCAAGCACUGUAUAUUGGACGUCUCAGGAAAUGCAAUUAAGAGGUUACAAGCUGCACAGCUUUACCCUAUCUCUAUCUUCAUUAAACCAAACUCUGUGGAGUCAUUGAUAGAAAUGAAUAAACGACUAACAGAUGACCAAGCCAGAAAGACGUUUGACAGAGCAAUUAAGCUUGAGCAAGAAUUUGGGGAGUAUUUUACAGCUGUUGUCCAAGGAGAUACCCUAGAAGAUAUUUACAACCAAUGUAAAGAAGUAAUUGAAGAGCAGUCAGGCCCUUAUGUUUGGAUACCUUCCAAGGAAAAACUAUAAGAUAGGCACACUUUUGAUACUUUAUACCUAGAACAAUUAGCACAUUAUUUAAAGACAUUUUCAUUGCUACUUUUUGUUGUGUGACUACCCAUGAAUGUGCAUAAAUGGUGUUAGAAGCCAUUAAGAACACCCAAGUAUCAAACAUAGGAUGGAGAACAACACUGUUUUCUGAAGAAUGUGAACCUGCACAUUUUGUAUCAGCAUGUCUGGGUUUGACUCAUCUAAUGAAGAAAAUAUGGUGUUCUAUCAAAAGGAGUCAUGCCCUUCCCAUUGCCAAGUGGAUAGUCUCGUACUAUUAGUCUGUUCCCUGAUGCAAAUGGCUUUUAGAAGAAAAGUGCCCAACGCUACCAUUCUCAGCAAGCAAGCAAGUAGUACUCAGACUAUGCACUCCUUACAUUUUUGCUUCCUCCAGAAAAUAUUCUCCAUGGAAAGAGACAAAAAUAAAAGUGAGAGAAAAGAGCUUCAAAACAGCAAAAACGAGUCUUUACAACUAUAUUUGAAUAUAAAUACAUCAGCUUAGAAAAAAAUCAACUUAUCAGUGGAUGUUUAAACUGAUAAAUGUGCUGAGAUUUCUGACACUAUAUUUUAUUAUUUAUAUUGAAGAAGGGCACUAUAGCACAAAAUAUAUAAUUUAUAAAAUAAAUACAAAUAUAUAUUAUUUAUGUUGAUUAAAGAUAUUGAGCAAGAUCUUUAUAUGAAACAAAAUGAAGAAGUAACUUAUGAAAACAGCAUGCACAUCUUUGGCAGACUGCUGAAUGUAUGGGAUAAUAAAGUUGUAGUAUAAAUUUUUUUCAAAAUUAUUUUUGAGAAAACUGUAAAGAAUGAAUGAAGCUAUGUUUGAAGGUUGAAGGAUUCUGUGAUAUUAAAUCUAACCAGAAGAUUUAGCAAAGGUGAGUAAUACAUCCAAACCAAUAAUAUGUAACAUAAAAGCAUGCAAAUGUACUGUAAACAUCUUACUGACAGUAAAAGAACUCUCUUGUUGUCCAAAAAUAUGUCUCAUUAGAGACAUGUCUAAAUAUUUAGCACUGAUGAUGAUUAUUUUCCAAUUAUUCGGAGAGCUCCUUCAUCAGGAGUGGGACGAUUAUUAUUUUUUUUCCUGUAAAGCAUAUCACAUCUGGAAUUGCCCUGAAAAUGUGCAUUCUUGUGGCCAUAAUUUUUUUAAUUACUUAAAUGUAAAUCAUCUUAGGCAUUAAUAAUGCACAGAUGUUAUACAUCCAUCAGAAAGGCAUACUUUGGCUUAAUUAGAAAAUUUAUUUAUAAUCUUAGUGGUAUGAACUGCAUUCCAUUAAUUUAAUACUUUUACAUCCACUGAGCAUCUAUGAUUACCUUUAGUGAUAAGAAUCAUGGGGUGGAUUUUUACUGCAAACUGAGUGCUUCUACCUUUCUUUAUGCAAUAUAUUUUAUAACAGCAAUUUUUAAGUGGAAAACAACUGUUGAUUUAGCUAAGCACAGAAAACUUGUACACAAAUAUGAGGUGCAUUUCUGUCCUCUAAAGUAACAUUUGAGGAUUUUUCAUGAAAGAAAUGAAAGCCUGCAAGACAUCAUUAAAGCAACACUUCUGAUCAGAAUACUGUUGUUUCUGGAUAACUUUUUCAAAAACACUAAAUUAUUGUAAUAAUUACAGCAUUGUGUUAUGGAACAUGUUACAGCUUCCAGAAAUGGAAAUAAAACAAAGUCCUUUACUUGUUUUUUGGCAAAAACCUAAAUAUAAUUCUGCAUUUUUGCAAUAUAAUAAUUUGACUGAAUUGCUUUUUGUUUUUCUCUUUCUCCUUUUGUCAAGUCACUUUCAGUUUAUUUUUGUUAAAUUCAUAAGCUAGUCACCAUUAUGAAAAAUACUUUCCUGCACUACUAGCUUUUAUUUAGCAUCUUAUACAGCCACUGUUUUUUACUUUGAAUUCUUUACAUGGAAAUCUAAAGCUGCCUCUCACUAAACAUUGCAUUUUAAUUAUGUGCUAUGCUUUACAGCUUUAAAAGGUUAUGCAAUAGUUAAGUGCAAACAUUUUUUCAUUAUGUCAUUGUUUUAUUAAUCAUGCAUUUAGCUUUUCUCUCUGUAUUGUUAAUACUUCUAAGUCAGCGUGGUGGUUGUACUUAUUUAGGCUAAUUAUUUAAAUGGUCAGAAAGUUUUAUAGUGCUUGAAAAGAUUUUUGAGAUAGGCCAUUUCCCAUAACAAUUAUGCUGCUGUUUAUUUUCAUGAGCCAUGAUACUGUGCAUUACCUGUUGAAGUUACCAGUGUAUUGUGCAAACACGGUUUUAUUAAUAAUUGGUUUCAGAACAUAAACCGAUAAUAUUAAUACUGGAUCCAUUACUGGAUGAGCCAAGAAAAACAAAUGGUGCUAUAUCAAAUGCCCUGGCACAAAAUUCAACACCAGCAAAAGUAACAAUAUAGCCAUGAGGAUUUCAGUAGCACAUUGCUGAAGUAGCAGUUAUGUUUAUCCUGAUUUUUUUGAGAAUUUCAGUAGCACGUUGCUGAAAUAGCAGUUGUGUUUAUCCUGAUUUUUUUUUAUCAGUAUAUAUAUAUAUAUAUAUAUAUAUAUAUAUAUAUAUAUAUAUAUAUAUAUAUUCUUAGUUUACUGUCAUAUUGUUUAACAGCUUCCAUGAUGAAAUUUAGGGUUUACAAGCUGACUAGAAAAGUAUGUAUAAAUUAAUCUUGAAGCCCCAAAGAAAAAUAUUCAUAAAUAUAUUGUUAAAAUUUGGAUAAAAAAAGAAUGUCUGGUGUUUAAACAGAAGUGAAAAAAAUGCUAAAAGAAAAUGCUAAGAUAAUCAAUAAACAACUUUACCAGAUAUGACAUGUUUGUUUGCUGAAAAGGACACGUUUUAUUUGUUUUGUGAAAAUAAAUCAAGGAAAGCCA